GUGGUGGAAGCAGGGUGUUGGCGCACAGUGUGGAGGAAAGUCGCAGUUCUUGUGUCCGUCCGCUUGUGAGAAAUUUCCUCGUGUUUUGUCGCUGCUGUUUUUUUGUUUUUUUUAAACCAAGUGUGAGAGCCUCAAGCGUGAAGAUGUCCAAGUUCAGUGCUUUGGUGUUGAUGACACUUGUGUCUCUGGUGUUUGCGGAAGAACAGAACCCUGAAGAUGACCCCUUCACCUUUGACUACCACAGACUGCGUGUCGGAGGCCUCAUUCUAGCUGCCGUCCUCUGUCUCAUUGGCAUCACCAUCCUGCUCAGUGGCCACUGCAGGUGCAAGUUCAACCAGGACAAGAGGAGGAGGACAGGAAGCAAUGCUCAGCAGAUGCUCAAUGACAAAGGUCGAGCCUGCGACUGCUAGAUGUCGACCAGAAUACAACAACUUCCCAAACCUGCAACCGACAGACAACACAGAGGAGCAGCCGUGGGAUUCGCGCCACCCAACAAGAGAUGCUUUUGUUGUUUAUUUAGGAAGAUCCAACAGAAAGUAGUCUGAGUGCACCUGACGUGAGGUGUGAAGCUUUCUGCCUGAUAACUGAGCUACUGACCUGCAGCCUGCACCUCUGCACAGACACUCAGAUGUACGUUUGUCACUUUUAUUUCAAUCUAUUCUUAGAAGUGAAAAAUCUGGACAUAUAAACCAGCUGUGGUUACCCAACCUUUUGAGAUACACAACAGAAAUAAAAUGCUUCACUGGUAAAUAGUUUUUUAUUGAUUGAAGUGAAAGUGGCUUAAUUCAAUAAUAACACAAACCUGUUACCAAAAAAUAAGUGUCCACAUACUGUAGGUUGUGCCUCGCUCUACUUCUCCUGGUCUGUACUGUAUAUGUAAGGUAAAACAUUGAUGUAGAUAUUAGUCGCUUACUGUGACCAACCUAACCCACUGUCACUGCUUUCAUGUCAAAUAUAUGAAAUCCACGUAGUCGUGAGUAAUCAGAGGGGUGUUGGUAAUUCAUGAGGAUCUGUUCAUUUCCAUGUUUAGCUUUAUGGAGGAGUGUAGUGGAUUGCACUGUUCAGAGUCAUGUUUCUAUAAAAGAACUGUCGAAACAA